AUGGUGCGGCACGACGAUAACAGGAAACAUCAGUGCGGCACUUGCCAGAAAAGCUUCAAGUUGGCUUGGAAUUUGAAAAGGCACGUGCUGGUGCACACAAGCGAGGCCGGGAAUGUUUACCAGAUUUGCGGCAAAGGGUUUAAAGUGGCUUAUAAUUUGGGAGUGCAUAUGCGCAAUCACGAGGCUAAUAAGCCGUUUCAAUGUUUGAUUUGUGACAAGGCUUUUACUACAAAACAGUGGCGUGAUAAUCAUAUGAAUUCGCAUUAA